UUAAUUAUGGAUCAUUCCGCUUAAGUAUUUAUAUAACAGGAAAUGGACAGCUACAAGAUAUGAGUGUGGAAGAAAUAAUGACAAGGAGCAAACUUUUGCAUAUGAAUGCAGGCAAUGGAGAAUGCAGUUAUGCCAGCAGCUCCACUCUUCAGAGAGAGGUAAUACAGCAGGCAAAACCUGUUUUAGAAGAUGCGAUCAAGAAGGUGUUCAAUAAUAUUGGCGAGUUUCCCAAGUGUUUUAAUAUGGCAGACUUGGGUUGCUCUUCAGGACCAAACACUCUUUACACAGUGUUGAAUAUCAUAAAGAUUGUACAAAUGUUAUGCCACGACAAGAGGUGCAAAAUGACUGAGUUUCAGGCGUAUCUCAAUGAUCUCCCUGAUAAUGACUUCAACACUAUUUUCAAAACGAUUCCAUCGUUUUAUAAGAAUCUCAAACAAGCAGAUGAUGGAGCAAAUUGUUUCGUAUCAGGCGUUCCAGGUUCCUUUUAUGAAAGGCUAUUUCCUAGCAAAAGCUUGCACUUGGUUCACUCGUCUUACAGUCUUCACUGGCUCUCCAAGGCUCCAGAAAAUAUUGAGAACAAUAACAACAUAUACAUAACGAGGACUAGUCCUCCUCCAGUAUUUGAAGGCUACAUGAAGCAAUUUGAGAAGGAUUUUUCGAGGUUUUUGCAACUUCGUUCCGAGGAAAUAGUAACUGGUGGACUCAUGCUGUUAACAUUUAUCGGAAGGAGUAUUCCUGAUCCCUAUGGAAAUGACACUGCUCAUCUGGAUCUUCUAUCAAAAUCACUCAUUGAUCUAAUACAUGAGGGACUUAUUGAACAAGCAGAAUUAGACUCGUUUGAUUAUCCUUUUUAUGCACCAUACAAGGAUGAAGUGGAAACGAUUGUUCAAACGGAAGGUUCAUUCUAUCUUGAUACCAUAAAGCUUUUCCAAGUGAACUGGGAAGAGAGGGACAAUGAUGAUGACGUUUGUUUCGACGCCUAUAGCAGUGGUAAACAUGUAGCAAGAACCAUGAGAGCUGUUUUAGAACAAAUGCUUGUUGGCCAUUUUCAAUUGGGAGAUUCCGUUGUUGACUCUUUGUUUGAGAGGUAUGCGUAUCAUUUGGCUUGUCAUUUGUUGGUUCAAAAAGGUAAGUUCUUCAAUAUUGCCAUAUCUUUGAGAAAAAAAUGACGAAGAGAUAAGAGGAUACUGCAAAUUUCAAGUACCAAACUAUACACUAGUGGAUCCUGGAGUAUUAAGCCGAUCAAAGUUAUUUAUUUCAGGGUCUAUCUUAUGAUUUAUAUGUACUCAAAAUGGAAUAUGCAUACUGUGAAAGUGGUUAUAUUGUAUAAUAUUUCUAAGUCUUGAUCA